GCAGCUCUCCAAGCGGUUAGCAGCGAAGGGAGAGAUUGAGAAGUGAAAAGACAGGAAGGCCGUGGUACAUCGGCGUCUCCUAUACUAGAUCUGCAGUGGCUACUGCUGGGGUAUGACAGCUUCUAGCUAUCGUCUUUGUAUGGACAUGUAAAAUAGCUGUUUUUGAAAGUAGAUGUGUGCUGUGCCUUCAAGAUGAGUGUGAAGGCAUUUGAGCUGGUCCCUGCCGUGGAGCGGGAGCUCCUGAUGGGAGACAAGGCCCGCAUCAACAUUGAGUGCAUCGAGUGCUGCGGCAAGCACCUGUACGUGGGCACCAACGACUGCUUCAUACAUCACUUCCUGCUAGAGGAGCAUGCCACGACCAAGGGGAUGCUAUCCUACACCGUCCAGAAGCUGCUGUUCAAGUACCUGGGCCUGAAAAAGCCCGUGGAGGCCCUGAAGGCCGCGUCAGCGCUAGAACGCAUCAUUGUGCUCUGUGACGCUACAGUCAGUGUUAUUGACAUGAUCACCUUAGAACCCGUACCUUCGGGCGGGGCCAAGAUUAAGGGCGUGGCCGCGUUCUGCGUCAACGAGAACCCGGUGAACGGGGACCCGUUCUGCGUGGAGAUCGGGGUGCUCUCGGCCCGGCGGCGCACCGUCCAGAUAUACAUGGUUUACGAGGACAGGGUGCAGCUGGUGAAAGAGGUCAACACGCCGGAGCAGCCGUGUGCGGUCAGUCUGGACGGUUACUUCCUGUGCCUGGCCCUCUCCACGCAGUACAUGAUCCUUAACUACAGCACAGGGGCCGCGCAGGACCUGUUCCCCUAUGACAGCGAGGAGAGGAAGCCCAUAGUCAAGAGGAUCGGCAGGGAGGAGUUCCUCUUGGCUGCCCCUGGUGGCCUGGGUAUGUUUGCCAAUGCAGAGGGUAUAUCCCAGCGUGCCCCAGUGAACUGGUCAGAGAGUGUGAUGGGAGCGGCUGUGUGUUUUCCCUAUGUGGUGGCGCUAGACGAGGGCUUCGUCACCAUCCACAGUAUGCUGGACCAGCAGCUCAAACAGACCCUCUCCUUCAGAGACGGACACAUCCUACAGGACUUUGAAGGUAAGGUGGUUCUGGCCUCCACUAAGGCUGUGUACGUGCUGGUGCCCCUACCCCUGGAGAGACAGAUUCAGGAGCUGCUAGCUGGACACAGAGUGGAGGAGGCCCUGGCUCUGACUGAGGGAGCCAGGAGGAACAUUCCCAAAGACAAGUUCCAGAUAUUGCACAAAAGAAUCCUCCAGCAAGCAGGAUUCAUACAGUUUGGACAGCUUCAGUUUCUCGAAGCGAAAGAACACUUCCGGACGGGUCAGUUGGACGUCCGGGAGUUGAUCUCCCUCUACCCUCUCCUCCUCCCGGCCUCCUCCUCCUUCGCCCGCUGCCACCCACCGCUCCACGGGUUCGCCGACCUCAACCACCUGGCGCAGGGGGACCAGGACAAGGUCCAGAGGUGCAAGAGGUUCCUCAUCACGUACCUGGGUGAGAUGCGAAGCACGGAGGGGGCUAACGGAUGCCGGGAGGACGUGGACACGGCUCUGUUGAAGCUCUACGCUGAGCAGGACCAUGAGAGUCUUCUGGACCUGCUGGCCUCCCCCAACGCCUGUUUACUGGCAGACAGCGCCCCCUGGCUAGAGAAACACCACAAGUAUUUUGCACUAGGCCUCCUCUACCAUUAUAACGGACAGGAUUCAGCUGCUCUACAGUUGUGGGUGCGGGUAGUGAAUGGGGACCUUCAGGACUCUACCAGGUCUGACCUGUAUGAGUACAUUGUGGACUUCCUGGGUUUCUGUUCCAACCCGGACCUGGUGUGGAAAUAUGCGGACUGGGCCCUGCAGAGAGACCAGACGAUAGGGGUGCAGAUCUUCACCAGGAGGCCGGUGGGUCAGGACCAGGUUAAGGAGCAGAAGGACCAGGUGAACCCAGACGACGUCAUCACGUACCUGGGGAAACACAGCCAGGCUCUGCUGCUCUACCUGGAACACCUGGUGCUGGGCCGACGGAUACAGAAAGAGAAGCUCCACACCCACCUGGCAGUGCAGUACACAGACAGAGUCCUGUCUCUCCUGUCUCAGUCCCCCCCAGUGGACCAACAGGUGUCUGUAGCCCGGGACAAACUCCAGCUCCUCCUCAGGGAGUCCAGCCUGUACCGCGUCCAACUACUACUGGGUAAGAUACAGGAAUGUGACCAGUUGUUUCUGGAGAGAGCCACGCUCCACGGGAAACUAGAGGAGCACGAUAAGGCGUUACACAUCCUGGUGCACCAGCUCAAAGACUUCCCCGCGGCUGAGGCCUACUGCGUGUGGGGUUCCGCCUCCCGGGACCCGGCCUACCAGCAGAACCUCUUCCACCUCCUCCUGGGGGUCUAUCUGGACCGGGACCUUCCCAGUAGUACGGUCACCGGGGAGCUGGAGAUGGCAGCGGUGGACCUGUUAAACCGGCACGGGGAGGUGUUCGACGCUGUGCGCGUACUGGACCUGCUUCCUGAAGGCUGGUCCCUGCAGCUGCUUCGCCCGUUCCUCGGACGCGCCCUGCGGGGGAGUAUGCACGCCUGCCGCACCUCCCAGGUUGCACUGGGGCUGGCGAGGUCAGAGAACCUACAGCUGCAGCAUGACAGGUUGAAGCAGAGGAGGAGCCCAGUCCUGGUAUCACAGAAGAAGGGGUGUGUUCUGUGCCACAACACCUUCAGCGAGCCGGACUGUGUGUGUCUUCCAGGAGGCGUGCCUGUACACACACACUGUGCCGCCCAGAGGGUGGUACGGGACUCGCCCACCAGGAGACAACUAGCCAAUAGCAACAACCACACAUGAAGCCCCUUGACCACCAUCACCACCCAAGCCUCGCCCAGAACCAGUGUGACAGGAGGAGCCUAGCAGUGAUUGGUUGCGUCUGGGGGGGGUCAUAUCAGAUGAUGACUAUGGGGGACAAAAGCACAGAGGUUACCAUGGCUACCGUGGUCUAGCGUAGUGGGAGUAGUCCUGGAGCAUACUCAGAAACACAGAGCUGACCACACUUCUCUACUGUGUGUGUGUGUGUGUGUGUGUGUGUGUGUGUGUGUGUGUGUGUGUGUGUGUGUGUGGGUGGGAAGGUAUUUAUUCCAGUGCCACCAUGCAUAAACAACAGGGAGACUGAUGACCGACUGAGUUGUGAAUGAAGUUCUACAACAAGAACUAAACUCCACAUACAUCCAUAAUGACUCUAACAUUGAAGUGAAACCUACAGUCUGUCCUGGUCCUCUGUUAUGUCCUGGUCUAGUGCUGAACCCCUCCUCUGUUAUGUCCUGGUCUAGUGCUGAACCCCUCCUCUGUUAUGUCUGUCCUGGUCCUCUGUUAUGUCUGUCCUGGUCCUCUGUUAUGUCUGUCCUGGUCCUCUGUUAUGUCUGUCCUGGUCCUCUGUUAUGUCUGUCCUGGUCCUCUGUUAUGUCUGUCCUGGUCCUCUGUUAUGUCUGUCCUGGUCCUCUGUUAUGUCUGUCCUGGUCCUCUGUUAUGUCUGUCCUGGUCCUCUGUUAUGUCUGUCCUGGUCCUCUGUUAUGUCCUGGUCUAGAGCUGAACCCCUCCUCUGUUAUGUCCUGGUCUUAGAGCUGAACCCCUCUGUUAUGUCCUGGUCUAGAGCUGAACCCCUCCUCUGUUAUGUCCUGGUCUAGUGCUGAACCCCUCCUCUGUUAUGUCCUGGUCUAGAGCUGAACCCCUCCUCUGUUAUGUCCUGGUCUAGUGCUGAACCCCUCCUCUGUUAUGUCCUGGUCUAGAGCUGAACCCCUCCUC